AUGAGAAAGAUAUUAUCUUCAGCAUUGGCAGUAAGUCUAAGAAGAACUCCUAUAAUGACUCCAAGAUUAACUUAACGACUAGCUAUCACCUUAGUGUCCCUUCCCCUUAUUCGUUACAGUUUUUAAACACUUAAUCUGAAUGAUGCCUAUGAAAUAUCUAUUCAGGAUGAUCUAAAUGAAGGUGAAAUGAGAGAAGUAUAGGUGGGUCCAAAAAAAGAGGACGCUGUCUUAGUUUGCAAAGUUGACGGAUAGAUCUACUGUGUUUCAAAUUCUUGUCCACAUGUUGGUGCUCCACUUUCAGCUGGUUUUUUGGUAGGUGAUAAAGUUAAAUGCCCCUUCCAUAAUGCUAGUUUUUCUGUUAAAGAUGGUGCUCACGAAGAAGGGCCAAUGUUUAGAGGAUUACAGACCUUCCCUGUUAGAUAAGAAAAUGGCUAAUUAAUAAUAAGAGUGGAGAAAGAAUUAUUAAAUGCACCCAGAACACUUAAUAUGGCAACUAAGGGAGAUGACCCUACACACAUAGUCAUUGUAGGAGGAGGAGUAUCAGGUUAAAGUGCUGCUGAGACCCUUCGUUAGGCUGGAUUUAGAGGAAGAGUUACUAUCAUUACAGCUGAAGAUGCAUUACCUUACGAUAGAACACCUAUGAGCAAGGUGUCAUUUUUGGUUAAACUAUAAGGAUUACAAAUAAGGCAAUAAUCAUUUUAUGAAUAAUACGGCAUCGAUGUAGUGACCAAUAAAAGUGUCGAUUCAAUUGAUAUCAAUAAUCAGGAGGUGGUGAUUGGAAAAGAGAAAAUUCAUUAUGAUAAAUUAUUGUUAGCCACUGGUGGUUAAGCUCGUAAGCCUUAAUUGGAUGGAGUAAACUUGAAAAAUGUUCAUACUUUUAGACAAAUUAAUGAUUUAUUAUAAAUUAGAGAAAAGGCUAAGACAGCUAAAAAUAUUGUUAUAGUUGGUGCCUCCUUCAUUGGUAUGGAAACAGCCUCAGCUAUCAAAAAAGAAUUGAAAGAUUAGGUUAAUAUCACUGUUGUGGAUAAUUCAUCUGUUCCAUUUGAAAGAGUUCUUGGAACAGAAGUGGGAGCAUCAUUAUAAAAAUUGCAUUAAGCAAACGGAAUUGAAUUUGAAUUGUCUGCUGGAGUUAAAAGAAUAGCUGGAGAAGAUUCAGUCUCUAGAGUUGAUUUAUUGAAUGGAAAAUCUCUGUUGGCUGAUUUAGUUAUCUUAGGCACAGGAAUCCAACCAAAUAAUAAAUUGGCUAAAGAUCAAUUGAAGGUAUCUCCAAAUGGAGGUAUUGAAACUGAUGUGUUCUUGAAGGCUGCCAAAAAUGUCUAUGCUUCAGGAGAUAUUGCUAGUUAUCCAUAUUGGGUUACUGGAGAAUACGUAAGAAUUGAGCAUUAGAAUGAAGCCAUUAGAUAAGGAUUUGUUGCAGCUCUGAAUAUUUUAGGUAGACCAACUCCAUUAACUGAUGUACCAUUCUUUUGGACUAGAUAAUGGGAUAGAACAUUGGCUUAUAGUGGAGUAGGAUAAGGGUUCGAUGAGGUGAUAAUUGAUGGUGAUUUAAAUCAAUAGAAAUUCAUUGCUUAUUAUGCUAAGAAAGGAAGAAUCGUAGCUUCAGCCAGCAUGAACACUCCAAAUGCUUAAAUGAUUAUAUCUGAGGCUUUAAGACUUAAUGUAAUGCCAAGUGCUUAAGAAUUGAAAGAUAAUAAGACUACACUGGAUGAAAUCAAGAAGGUAGUUUUAAGCAAAGGAACUUCAUGUCAUUGCAAACGUUCAGGAUAAUGUUAAGCAUAAUUGUGAGUAUGAAAUUAUUAAAUCAAUUGAUUAAUUAAAAUAAUAAAACGUGUU